GUACAGAAGUAUGGCUGCCAUCUUUAGUUUUCGAUGGAUGUUUUCCGAAGAGAUCGCGAAUUCUUGUAUUUAUUCCGGUAUUUAAUAACGUAAUAAAAUUUAGGAUAGUGAAAUAACGUCGUCCAAGAUGUAAAAAGUGUUUUCUCCUUGAUUAUUUAAGCUGCCUUGGUGUUAGUUCCGUUAAAAAAUGCUUGUGUUUACAUCUAAGUUUCGAGUGAGCUUCUGUAUUCCUGUCAUAUUAAGCUUAUGGUCAAUAAUCCUCAAAUAGCAGAAUCGAAAAGUUCGUUAUUUAAAUCAAAGGUUAAAAAAAGAAAGCCAGACGAUACUCACUUCUUCAAAUUUUCAUUGAACGUUAUCGAAAGGCCUUCAAAACGUCGACCCCAUCGGUGAUCAAGUUAUCCGGGGGUGGCACAGGUGGGAGUGGGGAGGAACUAUCCCCAAAACCCGGGCCACCUCCCCCGGUGGUAUCCCCAACCGGUGAAAAAUGUAGCGAAAGUAAUGAAAGUAAUGCGAAUAAAAAGAAAGAUGCAGCAGCAACAGCGGUUGCCUUUGAACAGGGUGCACCAGGAUCUGAAGCCACCAUGAGUUUUGUAUUACAAUUGGACGCAAUGGAAAACAAUUCCGACGAUAAAACAAAAAACGGCAGCGCCGCAUCUUCGUCCAUGUUAAUUGAUACCCAAGAAUUAACGUCGCCAUUAACUAUUGGCGUUACUACUACGGCAAAUACCUUAGUCGCAAUGAACGACGACAAUAGCGAUAGUAAUAAUCCCCAAGUACUACAGUGUCUUGAAGUGACAAACGUACCCAAAAUAGCAGUAACCCAUUCCUCAAUAUCGCUAUCAAAUGUUAAAUCAGUAAGUGUUUCGUAUCCCGUUAAUAAAACUAAUAAAGAAGUAUCUCAGAGGGUUAGCAGUUCUUCUCAAACGAAUACUACCCAAGUUUCGACAACUCGUGUGAUAUCACAAAAAUCCCCGUGUACAGCGUAUAUAAAUCAGCCCUUAACGUUAAAUGCUUCCUCAAUUGUCACACAGUUAUCAGUCAACUCGCAAUCUUUACCCUCGCCCAGUGUCGCACAUGUCUAUCCUAUGCAGGCAGCUGCAUGUACACAGAACAAUCAGCAAUCUAAAACACAAACACAAAACACCGCAUCCGUAACCGAUGCUAGUUCGAAAAAGCAACAAGCAACGACGGUCGGUAAUUUACAAACGACGAAUGUGCAUACGAAAUUUCAACAAAUCUCGCCCCAACAAAUCCUUAAUACCGCCACUGUAAAAACUAUUACAACGGCUACGAAUAUUCCUAAUAUACAAAGGAUACAAGUAAAAGGAUCUAACCUCAAUGGGCAACCUCAGACGGUUAACUUACAGAAAGUUAAAGCUGUAGCAAACCUCAGUAAUCCUACUAUGGUACAACGUAAUACGGUAUCGAGGUUUCAAGCUAUUCAAAAAUCCCAAGUACUUGCCUCUACUGCUCAAGGAACGCAGUUCACGGUUAAUCAAAUUUUUAACAAUGCUAAUGUGCAGCGAAUCCAAACUAGUACUUCAUCACAAAAAGUCCAAUCUAUUAAUUCGACGAAUUCCCCAAAAAUGUCACAGGUCUAUAAUAACCAAAAGACAGCAGGUCAGCAAUUGGUAACUAAUCAUACAAAUCACAAAGUACAGCAUCAGCAAUAUCAGAAUAAUCAGCAGGUACCGCCAGCGUUACAAAAGGUCCAGGGACAGCAACAAAAGUCAUUGCCUAUUCAAAGACAGAAUAAUGUUCAAAAGUCUAAUAAUUCCGUAGGUGGUAUACAGAAGUCACAAAUUAGUGGACAGAUACAAAAUCAACAUCAGCCACCACAAUUGCAGAAACAAGGACAACAGUCUCAAUCAUCACAGCAUCAAAGAUCGCAAUCUGCAAUUGCGUUGAACAAAUCUCAAACUUUGACGGCUCUCACUUCGAAUCGAGUGCAAACUAUAACAAACGUAUGUAAGAGUAAUAGUGUACCUAAUAUCUCUAAGGUUCCACAUAAUUCAAAUGCUCCCAUUGCGAGCAAGCAACAACAGGGGGGAGCAUCGCAAUCGCAACAAUCUCAUGUACAAACGUCGACGCAAUUGCAACCGCAAUUAUUACAAACGUCUCAGCAACAACAUGUUACACAGAAACAGCAAACAGUUACCACGACACCACAUAUUCAAAGAAAUCAUAAUAUUACAAAUAUACAUCAGAAGGUGUCUACUAUAACCACGAUACCGAGUAAUCAUAAAACUCAAACUAUAGUAAAUUCAAAGAUGCAACAACAGCAGCAACAACAGCAACAACAAAUGGUUAUGAGAGUAGGUGUAUCCAAAAAUCAAGCGCAAAACUUGCAGCAAGGAAAUUUAAAAACUAUUCCACAAAAGAUAACAAAUACUAUAAAAUCGCCAAAUUCUCAGAAUUCUCUUCAACAAUCUUUACACCGAAAUAAUAAUUCUCAACCAGUUAAAAUCAUACAACAGCAACAGAAUGUAAUUGGUCCACAGAAUACCCAAAAACAACCAGGUUGUAUUAAAACUAUUCCACCUCAGAAACCUGCUCAAAGGAAUCAUGCCCAGAAAGUGUCAGGAUUUAAAAGCUCUUCAAAUAAUGUUACUGCGAUAAAGAAUCAAGGAUUGAUGACAUCGGUAUCGCAGAAAACGAGUAUAAAAACGUUACUUCCUCAACAGACUGUUAUGCAAAAUAUGUUAGUGCAUAAGAGUUCUCCUAUUAAAGUUCAGCAACAAGCUAUACAACAGAAACAGCUUAUUAUGGCAUCGCAAUAUUCGCAACAAGGUAGAACGCAAACGGGACAAAUAAAAACUUUGCUCUCUACAACAAAUACAGAAGUAAAUGAAGAUUUAGAUAACAAAAUGGAAGCAGAUUCGUGCUUAUUGAAAGUAGAAGAGAUACAGAAAACACCACCAAAAUCUCCAAUUAGAAGAAUGCCCUUACCUUACGAGUGUCUCCAGUUCGUCUUACAAGAUCAUAAUUAUGGUGCACCACCACCGCGAACACCGCCACCUCCUUCACCACCUCCUCAUCCUAAACAGCAGGCCAUUAACGGAGCAGGAAGUUCUACUACUACUUCUCAACAUUCUUAUUUAUAUGGACAAGUUGUAAAUAAUAGCAGUAAUGUGGAGGAUGAUGCAGCUAGUGCAAUCAGCAGUGAACCCGGACGCGAAGUAGAACCGGAAGGUGAAGAAACAGAAACUGCUGCUGAGGGUGAAGGUGAUGAUGAGGAUAGUGUUACUAGAUGUAUAUGUGAUUUUGAACAUGAUGAUGGAUAUAUGAUAUGCUGUGAUCGUUGCUUAGUUUGGCAGCACGUGGACUGCAUGGGGAUAGAUCGUUCUAACAUUCCUGAUGAAUAUCUUUGUGAAAUUUGUAAACCACGACGCGUUGAUAGACAAAGGGCACGUACUUUGCAAAUGCGUAAACGUGAAGAAUUGUUAAAUUCGGAUAGUUCAUCCGACACGUCGUCGGCAAGUUCGGUAGAUACCGAUAUUGGUGUAAAUCAGACUCAAAAGAAACGAUUGCAUCACCAAAUUUCCAGACGAAAAUCAGAUCCUCCACCGCAAGUAAGAAGACUGAAUAACAACAACAACAAUAAUAAUAAUAAUGUAGGAAAAAGACAAAGAAGAGAUUCGAAUCCAAGACAGUCUAGUGCGGUACGAAAGAAAGAGACUACCAAACGAGGUCCAGGAAAACGUAAGACUAAAAGAAGAGGAAGCGCUGAUGAAAAGGAAGAAGAAUUUCAAGAUGCAUGGGGUAGUUCAAACAUGACUCCGCUUAGACAGUGGAUAGAAAGAUACGAAGAAGCAGUGACCAAUCAUUAUAGUCCUGAGUUAAGAGCUAGAAUAUCUAGUAUAAAGGUCAAUGGUACUCAUUGUGAUUUGAGACAAAGUAAUAUGAAUGUUAUUGCCACUGGUAAAUGCAGACUCAAUGUGCACAGCAACAACUUAAGAUUUUUAGCUGCAACUAUGUAUCUAUCACCAAAUACUCCGGUUGUUGAAUUACGGGGAAAAUAUAUGCUAAGUACGCAACAUAGACCGUCGCAUCCUCAAGGUAGACAGCAUGCUCAAAGACCAGGGCCUUUUGUAUUCUUUUAUCGGUUACCACGGGAUGGUACCGAAGUAUGCGUAGAUACUAGAACAUAUGGAAACGAUGCCAGAUUCGUGAGGCGUAGCUGUAAACCUAAUGCAGAAAUAAAACAUUGUAUAGAAAAAGGAACAUUGCAUUUGUAUAUUGUCACAAGUAUGGCAAUCGAAAAGAAUGCUGAAAUCACUAUUAGGCAUGAGCCACACGAUUUGUUAUUGUCACCUAAUCCCAAUUCCCCAGUGAUACCGGUGACUUGUGCAUGUAAUAAUACAAGGGAAUGCCAAUUUACAACAACAAAUCAAUUUAAUAGAAGAGGUAGUAAUGGGACUGUGGUAGAAAAUGCUGAUGGUAGAGAAAGAAGACGACGAGGUAGACGAAACACAAUAUGCGAAGAUAGCGAUUCGGUACCUACAGUUUCCAGUACAAAUGUUACACCAUUAACGACCCAAGUGCCGACGGCAACACCCGUAACAGCACCGCCUAAAAAGACUAUUGCAACUAGUAGUACUACGACCGUUACACGUCAACUACCUAAAGAAGAAACUCAAAUAACAACUCAGCAACAACAACCGCUACCACAAUCAUCCCAAACUUCUCCUGCUUUACCUCAGCCAACUGUACAAGAGAUGAAAAAGGAUAAGAAGAAGAUGACAAGGGAGGAAAGAAAAAUGGAAGCCAUUAUGAAAGCUUUUGAGAGACUUGAAAAAGCAGAACAAAGAAAGCAGGAAGUUCAAGCAAGGAAUGCGCAAAGAAAGGAGUCGGGUGGUACGCACAGCGAUAACGAGGACAGUCAUAAUUCUGUCGUUUUACAAGCCAAGACAAAACAGCAAAAUUCUGAAAGAACAUUACGACGAAAAAAGAGGAAGGGUCGUGCAAGGACUUCCUCGCAAUCCCAAAGUACUAGGAGGACACGAUUAAAUUCCGCAGAUUCUGACGUAUCGUCAGGCGACGAGAGUAAUUCUAUGCAAUCACCUCCGCUUGCUACUCAAAAUCGUUCGUCAAGCGGGGAUGCAUCAUAUUCUGUACAUUUAAAUACGCCAGCAAAAAAUGGAAACGAUGGCUCUACGACCACUGGUACAUCAGGGGGAGGAGGACAUCAAGGAAUACAGACUGCCGCCGGUCUGUUACUAGCUUUAGCUAAUUCAAAUACACCUGGUCCAAGUUCUCCACCUUUACAGCAACCAACACCUGUUAAAAGUCCUACAUGUGAUAGCGGUGCAAGCAGUAGUUCACAAAGUUCAACUCCGUCCACACCGUUAUCUUCAGCAUGUUUACUUGUUGCAGCAGCGGUCGGGCCCUUAGCUCCUGGUUUUAAAUUUCCAAAAACUAAAAAAGUUCUGAUGAAUGAAUGGUUGAAGGAAUCGCCAGACCCACCUCAAACUAAUAUACCUCAAGUCACGCCAAUAACUUCUAUAUCAUCUACUUCUUUGCAAAACUCUGUUGUCAAUCCUCUCUGUAGGUCAUCAGAGUUUUCAUUACCCAAUGAUCCAUCCGCUGAAUUUUUAACUCAAAGUUAUGCGGCCAAGAGUCUAGCCACACUUGUUCAAGCUGCUAAUUCUGUUUCCGGUAUAUGCGAUUCUCCACCACAACGAAAACAAAUGAUUACAGGAAACAAUGCUUGUCCUGUUUCAACUGGAUCUGCAAAAAAGAGAUGGUUGAGGCAAGCUAUUUCCGAAGAAUGUGACUCGCCAAACAGUCGGCCUGAAAGUCCUCCCCCUAGCGAAAGGGUGGCACCACCUAAAAAAAGGAGAAUAGCUAGGGAAAGUUUAUCUUCUGAUAAUUAUACACCACCAACUACACCAACGAUGUUGCUUCCAGAAGUUGUUUCAACUAAUAGAUCUUUAUGUAACAACGAAGAAUAUCAUUUUAUUGAACAGCCCCAGUCACCAACAAUGGAACAUAAUGGUGAACAACACGAUGAAUCCGAAUUCACGAAUGAAAAAAAUGUAAAAAAUAGUAUUAACAAAUCAGAAUUGACGUGCAAUCGCGACAAACUUUCUAAUAACAAUCUCAGUACUGAAGGAAAUAGUAACAGUGAAAAAAGUGAUGAAAUAAAAGAAUUCAUUAAGAUCGAAGAAACAGGAUCUAUAAAACAAGAUGGAACUUUGAUAAAUGAAGAAUCAUACGUAAAAAGCGAGAUAUUCGAUGCCAAUGUUAAUUCAAAAGUAGAACUCCAUUUGUCUCCUACGGGGUUGAUUAAAAAUGAAGAAAAAAUUGUUAAACGUGAGACGAUGAUGAUGCAUGAUUUUCAAGUGCAACAAAAUGCGCUAAUAAAAAAGGAAGAUAUUAUAAAAGAAGAAAUAAAUGAGAAGGGAACGGUCGAAAUUAUUGAUCAAAACGAACCUGACACGGAAAUGGAAGAUUUUAGUUCGCCUAAUGUUGCAAUGGAAUCCGACGUAAUUUUAAAUCAGCGCGUAGCUGAAAUGAGAUUAGAAUUUGGUGGGAGUAUAGCAGACAUCGUGAACAUUUCUAACGAGCAACGUGAAAAAUCUGCUGACGAGGAUGAUAGACAGAUAGAAAUUAAUAAAGAUUCAGAAAUGAGAUCGGAGGAUAAUACCUCGAUCGACGAAUUUGACGUAGAAGCACAAAUGAAAAGAAUAACCGGAGACGAUGGUAACGAUUACAAAGAAAAAGUAGACACAAGCUCGGAAAAGGAUAAAAGUAUGGAUGGCAUAGAAGGACUAAUGGAAAGUUCAAAAGAAGAUUCCGAAUCAGAAGAUAAUAGGGACAUGGAUGACGGACAUGUAUAUUGCGAACCGUUUAAAUUAUUCGCCGCAUCUAAUGAAGACAAUUUCCCAGAAUAUAAAAGUAAAUCUUCCGAAUUAACAAAUCUUAACGUGGAAGAAGUUAAAGUAAAUGUUAAACCUAAUAAUAAUGAAUCUCAAAAAAUAGAACAAGCAUCUUCUUCUUUCGUUAUAUCAUCCGAAGAAUCUAUUUUUGAGUCAACCUCCUCGAACAUGGAUGCAGAAUCUGUUCCCGAACCUCCUUUCCAAUCAAUACCACCGUUGAGCGAAAGAAUUCGAAAAAAAACUGAUCCCCCUAGUAACACUAAAACUCAAUUAAAUUUCGAAGCAGCUAUCAUCGAAUCCACGAUCGAUAUGGAAGCCGAGGAAGUAUGUAAAAAUGGGGAAGAUAAAUCAAUGCUGUUGUCGACAGUUUUACGAGAAUUGUUAGAGGCUAAACUUGAAGAUGAAUUAUCUGACGAAUCUACAAAUAAAGUUGAUAAUGAGGAUACUACCACCUCGUACAAAGAUAUCAGAUCACUUUCACCUGAAAAUACAGGAGAAGUUAAAGAUUCAUCAAUGAAAUGUAAAAACAAUAAAGAAACACAUUUGGAUGAAGUUUCUGUUAAACAAAAUGACGUACAACCAAAAGAAAUAAAAAGAUUGAAAGAUCCUAGAACAGUUGUACCAAAUAAUUUGAUAGUACCGUCUUCUUCUACGAAUGCUCCUCUGCCAGUCAAGCGCAAGGUUAGAACGCUAUCAAUAUCCGAAUAUCGAAAACGCAAACAACAAUCGACUGGUACACCUCCAGAACCGGAGCCAUCUAAUGAUGUUUCUACGAUAGAAAAGGAUAAAGCAAGAGGUAGAUCAGAUAGUGCAAGCAGUGGGACUUCAUCUCUUAGUUCCGACGAAGAAGGUUCUAAAAUUUCCCUUGAUUUACCAGGGAUUACUGCAUUACCACUUUUCACUAAUGCUGAAAAUGAUGAAAAGAAAGGUAGUGAAGAAGGUACUAUUGGUUGGUCCGCAGCACCAACAUUGGUUGAACGUCAAAGAGAAAAUUUAACGGAAAGAUUAAAGCGUGAAUUUGGAUUAUUUCUUAGUGACGACGAAGAAGAAAGAGCUCGCAAACAUGGUUUGACUGCAGAAGCAAUUUUAAAAGCUCGUAGGACAUCACCGCCAUACUCUUUAAUUCCUACUACAUCACCUACGUUUCCUUUACCACAUUUACCACCUCAUCCUUAUAUACCACCACCGGGAUCUUCAACUAUGCAUUAUCCUCAGUUCCAGGCUAAUAAGUCCUGUCCUUCUCAGUAUUCCAAUUUUAGUGCACCGCAAACAACAUUGCAAACAGUAUACCCAAAUGUAACUUCUCAAGGAACUGUCAACAAACCAGUACAAUUUUUGGUACCUCAAGCAGCAUCUCAAGCUCCACCGGGUUCAAAUCCAUAUCCUCCGCAAUUUAUUCCAACGACUACAACGACAGUGCCAAUUUCCAAAUUUUCUUCAGCGACUUCGACGUCCGGAACUACUCCUCAUGUAUUUUCAACUUCAGCUCAAACGCAGAAACCUUUUUUCAAUCAUCCUGCACCAAGGUCGUAACUGGUAUUAACGGUAGUACUUUUUAACAAUUUUUAGUUAAAAUGUGAUGAUAAAUAAUUAUCAUUCACGCUCGCACGCGCUCUCUUUCUUUCUUUCUUUCUUUCUUUCUUUCUUUCUCUUUUUCUGUUGAUAUAUGGCUAAUAGUGAUGGAAUUAAAAGAAAUUUGCAGCUAUUUAAAAUGAAUAUAAACAUCACAUUUGGAAUAUACUCGUAAAAGUUACAAUUUCUUCUAAUUAUUAUUUAUUUGAAAUAAUUUGUAUUCGCGAAUACGUGUGAAUAUAAUAUGUAUACACGCACACGCGUAUAUUAGUAACAUAAUUCAUUCUACAAAUCACAUUGUAUUAUAUACGUAGAAAUUGACGAAAAAAAAAAAGAUUAAUAAUAAUAAUGACAUGUAGGAUGUGCGAAUAUCUGAAGUUAAGAAAUAUGAGACUUGUUAACGUAGGUACUAUUAUACGCUUUUAGAAUUUUCAUGCGCAGAAAUAUACUGGGAGGUCAAAUUCGAUGGUUUUCAAAAUAUUUCAACAGGUUUCUGUGGCCUAUGGCAAUAGUUAAGUAUUUUCGAGAUAUAGUCGUAUGCAUUUUAGAUAGUAUAUGUUUGAAACCUGUUGAUAUAAAUAUAUUUAACAUCUCUUACUUGUAAUAGAUGAAGAGAGAAAAAAAAAAAGGAAAAAAAAAAAAAAAGAAAGAAAAGUGUAUUCCAAUGUAUGCACUUUUUAUACCACCAAAAUGGUGCCGUAAAGUGUUUAUACGUAGCAUUAAUCCAAUUUUGAUAAUAUUUAAAAAGUUAGAAUCUCUUUUAAAUGGAUGAUAAAUCAAAGAUCCGUUGAUCGAAAUCUUUAAGAACAGUUAUCAUCGUCACAUAUAUAUAACGUGCACUUAUGAGUCUGCAUUAUUCAAUUAAAAUUGUAUAUAUUACUUGCAUAUAUAUGCAUAAUAUUAUAAUAAUAUAAAUCUUUAUUUAAUCGUAAUUGUUAGAUUAACCGAUAGACUUCUAAUAACACAUAAUUAAUACCUUGUGCUGUGUUGUUGUACUCUUUCAAAAGCCAGUACUUGCUGUGUCCAGAUUUCUCUAUAUUUUAUAUUUCAUCAAUGUAAAAUUCUUAGAUAAUUAGUUAUAAUAAAUACGUUGAAAUUUCAUUUCAAGAGAGUUCAUUUAUAUUAUUGAAAAUAAUAUAUUCGAUAUGAAAUAUGUGUUUAUAAAUUUAAUUAGUUUUUUUUCUUUCUUUCUUUUUUUUUUUUUUAAUCACAUUCGCGUUUUAUUUAGGCAUAAAUAUUCUCAUAAAUUUUGUUAGAGCUUUUAUAUUUUAUGGCACAUGUCUGUUUCUGUAAUGGCCUUAAAGAAGAAGAAGAAGAGAAAAAAAAAAAGAAUAUUGUUAAUAUUAUAGAAAAAGACAAGGCCUUAGAUACUAAGUAUUUCUAAAUUAAUAUAUUUCAAGCAUGACGUAAUUGUUUUAUAUGUUAAGAAGUCUAAAGAGAACACGUUUGUCUUGAUAGGAUGAUGUUUUAUACAAAAGUUCUAAGUCCUUGUUAUAUAUCGGUUGUUUUCUUCACAAUAAUAUAUAGAUAUAUAUCAUACCUACAUAAAGAAAAGGUGCUUACUUAUUUUAAUUUUUACGGCGAAUCAAUAAAACACGCGAACGUUUAGUUGUUGUAUUUCAAUUUAGAAAAGAUUGACGAAAACAAUUUGUAGAAAAACAAGGUUGUUAAAUUUUGGGAUAAUUAAUAUCCUAAAAUUUAAUGCUCACAUCUAAGUACAAAGCUGAGAAUAAGCAGGAGAAAAUUUCUAACAAAAAAAUAUUAACAAUGAAUUACAGUAAUUAAGAAGAUUUUGAAACAUUUGUAGGCGCUAUUCUAUGAAAAGAAAUCGUUGUAUAAUUUUUGUUUAAUGUUUAUAUAGGAUUUUUCAAAGAUAAAAUUGUAUCUUUUAAUGUAACUAAUUUUAUUUUUCCUGUAGUCUUUCGAUGCGUUUUCAAUGGAAUUGUAUAUAAUUGUGCAAUUCUGUGUGUUUAAAAAACCUAUACAAAAAAAAAUAAUAGAUACUUAGUGGAACAAAUAAAUAUGUAAUUUAAUAGCUCCUAACAUAUAUAUAUAAAAUAAUUUCAUUUAGAAAUGUAAAUUAUGUAUCGAAUAUUAUUAAUAUAUCUAUUCUAGUGUACACAUCAAUGUAAUUAAAUAAGUGUACAAAGCUUCGUAUAAAUUUGGCUCAUUCGUAAUUGUGUAUAUAUAUUAUAACUGUAUUACUAGUUAUUAUAUUUAAACGUAUAUCAAAUUAUUAUUUUUUAAAUUUCAUUUAUCUAAUUUUCUGAUAAAUUAAACUAAUAUUAAUAAUGUAUUAUUUUAAUUUAACAUUAUUCAGUUUCAUUAGAGAGUAAACAAAAAUUAUAUUUAAAGACACAACGAAAAUUAUUCAUGAUUUACAUAUGUAACAAUAUAUCGAUAUGCGCUUGUCAUAAAAUAUGGAAUGCCUCGAGUCAUAAAUGCGGAUAAGCAAAUUAAUUUUAGUACUACAGUACCGGUGAUUAUUUUAGUAAACUUAUAUAAAUACUUAUGUUUCAUUUUUCCAUUUAAACAUUAAUUUCUUAAAAAUGUUGCGAUAUGGUUAGAUUAUUAAUGACAAAUUACACACAUGCGUUUUAUCAAAUGUAAUAGAAAUGCUAAAACUCAAAUUUUCUUCAUAUUAUUAUCAUGGACUUUUACUUAAUAAUUUUGAAAACAAAAAAUCGAACAAUUUACGGAUCGGAAAUAAAGAAGAAAAAAUAAACAAAAGAGAAUUGUCAAGACAAAAAUAGUAA